UUCUGUGACCAGGCCAUUUUGAUGUUCAUCUCCUCUCACUUCAUUCUGUAGCCUGUUGCUGUGGGAAGAGGGUCUCACCAUGCCCAAUUUACCCAAUCUUAAUAGCUUUGGUAAACUGUGUGGCUCUGGUCGUAGCGACGACUCGGUGGUGCUGGACAGGGUGAAGAGCAAAAACUCGGUUCGGAGAAUGUCUAUUAUAGAAGAUGGGAAUGUGGCCGAGGUUCUCUACCUCAUUCCCAAGCAGUCCAUGAUGGAGCAGCUGCCUUUCCUUAACCCAAAUGAGUAUGUCAUCCUGGAAAAAAUGGCACCUCCUGACAUGGAACCUGUGGCUCAUCCUCAGGAAUCCCACCAUCCACAAGGAAAACUGGUCAUCCAGUGUUACAAGUGUGGGGAGCCAUGCAAGGGAGAGGUUCUCCGGGUGCAAUCCAAGCACUUCCAUAUAAAAUGCUUCACAUGCAAAGUAUGCGGUUGUGACCUAGCCCAAGGUGGGUUCUUCAUGAAGAACGGGGAGUACUUGUGCACACUGGACUACCAAAGGCUUCAUGGCACUCGGUGUAAUGGCUGUGGAAACUUUGUGGAGGGGGAGGUGGUCACUGCUCUAGGGAAGACCUACCACCCCUCAUGCUUCGUUUGCACUGUCUGCAAACGGCCGUUUCCUGCUGGUGAUCGAGUCACUUUUAAUGGAAAAGACUGUCUCUGCCAACACUGCAUUCAGCCAACUUCCCCAACACCUAAAGACAUAAGCUCCUCUAGCAACUGUGCAGGUUGUGGCAGGGACAUAAAGAACGGUCAGGCUCUUCUGGCCUUGGACAGUCAGUGGCAUCUCGGCUGCUUCAAGUGUAAAUCCUGUGGCAAAGUGCUGAGUGGGGAGUACAUCAGCAAGGAUGGUGCUCCUUACUGUGAGAAAGACUACCAGAUCCAUUUUGGUGUUCAGUGUGAGGCCUGCCAUCAGUUUAUCACAGGGAAAGUUUUGGAGGCAGGAGAUAAGCACUACCAUCCCAGCUGUGCAAGAUGCAGCAGGUGCAAUCAAAUGUUCACAGAGGGAGAAGAAAUGUAUUUGCAGGGUUCUACAGUAUGGCAUCCAGACUGUAAGAACAGCAGUAGAGUGGAAGAGAAGAACAGAGCAGCUUGGCAGCAUCCUAAAGGAAAGCUCAGUCCAUUUGAUAUCUUUUACCCUCAGUCACAGACACAGAGCCGGGGCCCAGGUGGCUCUCGGCUGGGCUUGCGUCCCCUGGGCAGUCGUGAGCCCCUCCCACCCAAAGUUACAGCUCUGCACCAAUCAGAAAGGCAGCCCACAAGGUCAUCGUCCGAGAGUUUGUGUUCGAGACCUGGCUCGAGCAUUACUGGGUCUCCAGGUCACACAAUCUAUGCAAAAGUAGACAAUGAGAUUAUUGAUUACAAGGAUCUAGCAGCCAUCCCCAGAGUCAAGGCUAUUUAUGACAUAGAGCGUCCAGACAUGAUUUCCUAUGAGUCUCUCCAUUCCACCUCCUCUACCCUGGACAAACAAGGAAGGCACAGCCCAGGAGAGCCUGUUAGAGCCUCAGGUGGGAGUCCCUCCAGAUGCAGAGCCACAACCCUGCCACAAGACCCUUCCUCAAUGUCAACAGAAAUAUCUCCAAGGACGCUGUCUCCCACCCCUUCUGCUGAGGGUUGUUGUGAAAUGAGGGAACGCAUCAUACAGCGAUCAACCAGUCAGGGCUCUAUUGGCUCUCCGGUCUAUCACCGCCAUAACUACAUACCUCCUCUAUCCAAGUCGCCCCAGCAUUUCCACAGACCAGGAAUGCUGAAGCUCUGCUCCAGCAACAGUGAUACACGCCCUACCUCCCCCUUCAGACAUCACUUCCUCCCCCAUAACAAAGAUUCUUUCUACAUAGGCACUGAGCCAUCCAGUGGCCGGAGUUCUCCCCUUUCCUCUCGGCCGGACACCCCGACCCUCUCUCUGACCCCUAAACAUUUCCACAUCCCAGACCAAGGCAUUAACAUGUAUAGAAAACCACCAAUCUACAAACAGCAUGAUUCAGCUUCCUUGGUAGCCCAAAGCAAGUCUGCUGAUGGCAUCAUCAAAUCUUCCAAGUUCCCUGCUGCCCACGCCCCUCGCCCGGACGAAACCCCAAAGAUUGAGACAGACUACUGGCCUUGUCCUCCAUCCCUCGCUGCUUUAGGCUCAGAUGGAAGGAGUCGCUCACGGGACGAGGAAGAGGAGGAACAAAUUAAACGCAGACAUCUUCAGGAAGAACAUCUCAGCAAGAUCCAGUCAGGUCUUGGGAAGCUUAUUCUGAAAGAGGAGAUGGAGAAGGACAUGAACAGAGAGAGACACACUCGGAGCGUGGCCGCCCAGCGCUUUGACUCUCAAUAUGCUAACUGUACCAUAGACUCCCAAACGUCCAAAACCUCUUCUCUGCCGGGAUACGGACGAAAUGGCCUGCAUCGGCCCCAGUCAACAGAACUCUCUCAGUAUAACAGUUAUGGGGAUGUAUGUGGAGGCCAGAGAGAUUUCAAGCCCACCCAAGAUGCCCAAGAUUCCAUUGCAAGAAUGGACAGGGGAAUGUCUAUGCCUAAUAUGUUGGAAUAUAAAGUGUACCCAUAUGAAAUGCUCACUGUCACCAACAGAGGGCGUACUAAGCUCACGAAGGAUGUGGACAGGACAAGACUGGAGCGGCACUUGGCUCCCGAGACGUUUUUUGACAUUUUUGGGAUGGAGAUCCACAAGUUUGACAGACUUCCUCUUUGGAAGCGCAAUGACAUGAAGAAGAAAGCAAAGCUUUUUUAGCUAGCCAAUUGUGCAUGUUUUAAUUUAUCAGUCACUCAUAUAAUGUAUUUGAGCUAUAGUCCUCUUAUUUACUUUUCCUUUUUAUUCUUAACAUGCACACACAAAAAAAAAAAAAAAAAAAAAUCUUAUUUUGCUUCAAGAAGACCACUACUUAUUUUCCCAAAUCUAGAUUACAUUUGAAUGAGUGUUUGGAUAUAACCAACAUGAGGCACAAGUGACCCUUUAAAGGGAUAGUUCACUCAAAUAUUAAAAUACUGUCAGCAUUUACUCACCAUAAUCAUGUUGUUCCAAAUCCAUGGAGAGAUAAAAAUAGGAAAGAAAAACAUACAUGUUUGUUACAAAAUGACUAAGAGCAAAUGAUGACAGAACUUUCCUUUUUGGACGAACUGUCUCUUUAAGAAACGAAGAGACUUGAUGGUUUGUUCUGCACUCAUUAAACCUGCCUCCUGUAAAACAGGACUAUAAUUUUUUGGAUGGGGACCUGGGGGCUGUCAGCAGGGAUCUCCCCCUAUAAAUGUUAUUAUGGUGGCAGAGUUGUAGUAAUCCCUGGAGCUCCCUACAGCUACAGACCUUACAAGAGCUUUGAUGUUUGUUAAGAGCGGGAAGUGAGAGCUACUGAAGAUGAGAGGCUUGGGCUCUACCUGCAGAGCCAAGGUCCCCUGGCUCAUCUGGGCCCCAGGUCUGGAAAGCAUUAGAACCUGUUGAAACUGAGAUCGGCAUCUUCUCCCACCAGCUCUCUGCCACCUUGUCAUAAUCCUCAGAAACCAUCCUACAUGUAAAGUAUGUUCCAUAGCCAAAGCCCAUAACUGCACCUGAAAUAGAUACGUUCUUUAUCUAAGGCUUCUUAUUUUUUUUGCCCAUAGACUUUUUGACUGAUUAAAAAGCUGAUAUAUUGUCUGAUAGUCAAAAGGGGCAUUGGUGAUUAUUAUUGUUGUUUAGAAUAUUAAAAUUAAAGGGAUAGUUCACUCCAAAAAUGAAAAUUAUGUCAGGACUUAAAUAAUUUUUUUUUCCAAACCCAAGCUUCCAUGGAACAGAAAAGGAGAUUUUAGGCAAAAUGUUAGCCUCAGUCACCAUUUACUUUCAUUUUAUCUUUUUUUUUUUACCAUACAGCGAAAGUGAAUGAAGGAGGAUAAAAUUCUGCCUAACAUCUUAUGUGUUCCACUGAAGAACGUCAUAGGGGUUUGGAAUCAUGAGUGAGUAAAUUAUGUCCAUAAUUGUGUGAAUUAACCCUUUAAAUUAAUUUAAAAAAAAAAAAACUGUUUAUUAUCGGGAGUUUCGCCAGUAGAGGUCAGGCUCAAGUCAUACGUGACGAUGUGUCCUGAACAGCGCCUUCUGAAUCAGACAAUCCAUUUUAUUAUAUUUUUACCACUGCUUGAUCCUUUCUGCAAUAUUUAACAGCAUAUAAUUUUGAAUAAAGAUGAAAUUGCAAAGAAAGGCCUUUGAAAUAACUGCCUCAGAGGUGUUUCAAUACUGCCACUGUGUUGCCGCCGGAUCGUCGGAGCUGUAGCCAUAGCACUUGUGCCAGAUGUAGAUUUGAUAUCAGGGUUGUUUGUUGUUCAGUCACAUUGCUGCCAAAAUAAUGCUGUUCCCAUAGAUACGAGUCUCUGAUGUAUUAUGGGCUAUUAUUUCCAGCAGUUUCCUAUGUUUCAAACAGGGUAAAUGACAAAGAAAUAAGACAUAUUACAGCGUCGUGUUUUUAUAGGUUCACCAAACAUACAAACGAUAACUAGUGUGAUUACUAGAACCAGUCAUGAGGAGUUGGUUUUGAUACCUCUGCUGUGUACAUCACCCUUUUUCUGUCUGUAUGUCUGUCUGUGUUUUAGUUUUUUUUUUUUUGGAGGGAAAGGUUUGAUGAAUAUGGUGUAUAAGCUCUAAUGAGUAAUAAAACUCUGCUUCAGAUCAUAUUGAUAUCUGUCUCUGACUGACAUAAUCAUGACUGUGUGGGAGACAUUACAUGAAAUAUAUGAGAAAUCUCUGUGUGAGCUUGUCAUUAUUUGCACUUUCUCAAGAAAUGAUCCCUGUGUGAAAUGAGGGGCAGGGGCCCAUCUUACGACUGGGAGGUCUGUCUGUUGAGUCCCUUGGAAGCCCCUUGGUGCUUUCCUUCAUAUUCUCAGCAUGAUAAAUGUAUGACCCCUUUCCCAAAACGCUCUCCUCCCAGGCCUUGGAUUGAAAACAAGCCAUGGCACGGUUACACUACAGCAGUCUUACUCUAAUUGAGCUAUUUGAGCAAGAGUGUGACUGAGGUAGAGUGUUUAUUAGUAUUUCUUGUCAAUUAUACCAUUGUCACUCUUCUGAAAAUUAGUAAAAGAAAAUGAUGCUUUCUCCAUGUUCAUCAGAUUGUGACACAGUCCCACCAGUACCAAAAGAUCACUCAUACACAGACUGUAUAUUGUACACACAAGUUUCAGCAGAAAGAGGCUGUAUACUAUACCAGGGUGUCCUGCUGUGCACAUUAUAAUGCUUAGUUUGUUUUAUUAAUUUUUUUGAGACCUCUUCAUAACAUUUUAGCAUUUCAAAUGUUUAUGAAGGCUUUUCUCUACUGAUGUUUGGCAAUGGCUACUCAUGUCUUAAAGGGGUAGUUCACUAAAAAUGAAAAUUCUGUCAUUAUUGACUCUUUCUGAACCUAUAUGACUGUGGGACGCAAAAGGAAAUGUUAGGUACUGACAACCUCAGUCACCAUUCACUUUCAUUGAAUGGGGGAGAGCAACAUAUAGUUGCAACAUAUAGUGGAUAGUUUACACAAAAAUGAAAAAUCUCUCGUCAUUUAUUCACCUUCAUGCCAUCCCAGGUGUGUAUGAGAUUUUUAAAAGAAUAUUUCAGCUCUGUAGCUCCACACAAUGCAAGUGAAUGGGUACCAAAAAUCUGAAGUUCCAAAAAGCACAUAAAGGUAGCAUAAAAGUAAUCCACAAUAAUGUAUUGGUUAAAUCCAUGUCUUCAGAAGCGAUAUGAUAGGUGUGGGUGAGAAACAAAUCAAUAUUUAAGUUAUUUUUUUUACUGUUUUUUACCUCCCUGCCGAGUAUGUGGUAUAAUGCAUGAUAAAUGUGAAUUGCCAAAAACAAAAGAAGAAAGUGAAAUUGAUUAAUAGUAAAAAAAAUAAAUAGGGGUGGCUCACCCACACUUAUCAUAUAAUUUCUGAAGACAUGGAUUUAACCACUGAGGUCAUACUGAUUACUUUUAUGCUGCCUUCAUGUGCUUUUAGAGAUUUAAAAUGUUGGUACCCAUUCACUUGCAUUAUGAGGACCUACAGAGCUGAGAUAUUCUUAAAAAAAAUCUUAAUUUGUGUUCUGCAGAAGAAAGAGUCAUACACAUCUGGGAUGGCAUGAGGGUGAGUAAAUGUUGAGGGAAUUCUAAUUUUUGGGUAAACUAUUACUUUAACACUCUUCAAAAUGUCUCCUCUUGUGUUCCAUGGAAGAAAGGAAAAUGUUUGGGUGUUUGGAAUAACAUGAGGGUGAGUAAAUGACAACAGAACUUAACAUUUUUGUAUUAACUAUGCCUUCAACUGCAGUAGUUUGAGGUUUGGCAUCAGCCAUCUAGCUGCUGUAUCCACUGAUUCACAGGUUGUGAUGUCUGGGUGGUUAUACACUGGUCUUGGAUUUCAGACCUCACAAGCCCAUGUCAGGAUUUUCUGCACUGAAUUUGAUGAAAAUGUAGAGGUAAUGAGGAGCUUCGCCUCCACUCAUUAACCCAAUAUCUCCUAAAUGUUCUCGGAAUGGUUUGAUGGAUCAUUCUCACACAAAUUUGACCAGAAAACCUGUUUUUCCUUGUAUGAGCCAGACUGAACCUGACCACGCAGUGUAGGAGUGGUGGAAUAAUAUUGUUUAAUGACAUAACGCUUUCUUCUCGAGUAUCCAGGGGAGCGGAGAACAUAGUUUAAUCAGGUGGCGCACUUUUCCUGACUGUUUGAAAAAUUACACAAGGUGACAAGAUGGAAAAAAAGACUGACAAGUAUUUGGUGUUAUUGUCAGCAGCCAGCAAGACAGCACAGUAGGUUAAAACUUCAGAAGAACCUGCUUUUAGGUUCUCCAUCCUGGACACCCCUUAUGAACACCACACCUGAGUAAUUUCUAUGCUGGUCCAAGCUGGUUUAUGCUGGUUUGGUGCUGGUCUAGCUUGUGGACCACAAUAGCAAUGUUGUUCAACAGCUAAACGUGCGGGCCAAACAUUGUGGUCUUUCUUAGGAAGCUGAUUUGCUAAAUCUACACCAGCCUCCCAUGCUGGUGACCUUAAAUGCUGCAUUUUUCAACAGGGACACAAUUGAAUGAUCCAGAAAUUUCUUCCUCUGAGGUAUGCAUUCCUUUUAUCUGCCUACUGCUUCAGUUGUUGUGUUCACUGAAGGGUGGCAUCUCAUCGCCCCUGUGCAAUCUUCAGUCUUUGCUCUGACUGAUGCACUUGGCACAUCCUGAGCACCUCUUUGUGCACAAGGACUGUAUUGGUGUUUUUGUGAGUGUAUUACUAUGUGUGUUACAUAAGGUCUUUGAAUCAAAAAGCCCCAGUGCUCAAAUGGGGCUGAAUCAGUGACCCCUGAUCUCUGACUCACAGUUGUGGAAUGUUCUUUAAGCUCCAACCAGAGGCAGGAGGAUCUGCCAAUGUCUGCACCCACCCACCCAAUCCAGCUGAUACACAACAUUCAAACAAUAUUCCCACAAUACCAAAGCAACACAUUCACACUUGCCAAAAGUGAGUGACAUGUUAAAUCUGAUCAGGUUUUUAUGAGUACAACGCACCUACAGAACCACCCUGACCAAAAACUUUAACCCUAACCUAACCAAUAUUGUCCUUAAGCAAAAUAAGACGCUAACAAAGCAGAAAUUCUUACUGAAAUGAUGACAUUGCAAAAAUAAAUAAAAUUCAAGACAAGUUUUUUUUCCAGUAAAAUUAUCGAAACUUUCUUAAAACGUGAUUUACUUGACAAGCAAACUUCCUUAAGAUUUGAAGUCUUGUUUUGAGAGAAAUCUAACCGAAUCUAGUAAGAUAAAUGCUUAAAACAAAAAAACUGUUUGCCAAUGGGGUAAGAAAAAAAAAAUUCAAAGGAAAAACAAGCUUAUUUUUCUUACCCCAUUUGCAGUUAUUCUUUUUCUUGUUCAAGUCUAAAAUUCACUUAAUUUUGUCAGAUUUCUCUUAAAACGUGACAUAAUACCUUAUGCCAUUUUGCUUGACAAGUAAAGAAAUCACGUUAUAAGAAUGUUUUGAUAAUUUUAUAGUAAAACAAGACAAAAAUAAUACUUUUCUAAAGACACCACGUAAUUUCGUCUUGCUGGGCUCUGUCCUCGGUUCCACGUCCAACACUCUUUGUCUAUGAAGUGAGCUAGAACACAAGCUAAACACAUUCGAAUAAGUGAGUAUAUAGGUGGGUCUGUAAUACAGUCAUUAAAAUAUGUUGCUUUUCAAAUGAUACAUUAUUGUAAAAGUGUUUAGAUAUCAUAACAUAGCAGUGUGUGAGUUACAGAGCGAAUCAUUUGUGUUAAUAAGUCAUAAUCUUCCAUUGUAGUCGUGAUUUGUGUGAAAGUGAAUAAAACACACAGUUGUUGAAGCACCUGUAGUGUUCAUUUUACCAGAAAACUAUGGCAUAUAAAACUCAGAAAUGUAGUUAUAGGAAUGUUCAUUCUAUGGUUGGCAGAAAAAGUAAGAGUAGUAUGGUAGUAUGCUAUUCCAAACUUAGCCAGUGAUUGUUUUCAAACAGGUUUCCGGGAACACUUCCCCUGUCUCUCAUUGGUCGAACAAACAGGUAAUUCCACCCCAAACUCACGCCAUUGUUUGAGCCAGUGUUGCUGUCAGGCUGGUGAGGAUGCUCAAAAAACAGAGUAGCGUUACAGUGUUAACAUCAACCGUCAAAUGGUUUACUUAUAGUUGUCCCUAUAACACUGGGAUUGGAGAAAGUAUUUUAACAUUGAAAUAGUUACAGGCUGAAGUUUAAAGUAAAUCAUAACAACAUGCAUGUACCAAAGCAUUUCUACUCCUGUGUGAUGGGUUUUAUGCUCUGUGAGCAUGAACAAUAUGACUCCCCUCAUUUUUCUCUCCAAACCUUUGGGAGGCCGACCACCCUCUGUCAGGCCCCCUUCCCACCCACGUCUCACAGACAGUUUCUCAUUCACACGUCCACCUCUAAAGCCACAGGAUCAGCUGAACCAGAAUACUGACUGGAAACUGGUAGAUUAACAAAUUCAGUUUGGAUGGGCCACCAUGUCACUCUCCAUACUGAUUCAGUUAGAGGGGAUUACCCCGUCGCUCUGAGGUGAGUAACUCAACCACUGUUCCACAAAUACUUUCUCAUGUUCAUUUGAAUUAUCAAGCCUUUCUAAAAAAGACUGGUCAUUCAUGUCCUAAAUAUUCAUUCAGUGGAGGUCUCCAAACAUCAGUUGUUUACAAACAGAUGGAAGAAUUAAUAUAGUCUUUGUACUAGUUAAAAGGAAUUUGGUUAUAGAUACCACUGACCUACUUUCAUGUUGACAAAACAAACACAGCAUACUACGAAGUAUGAUUUAUACACAUUAAAUCCACUGGUUCACAGAAAAGUUGUGAUGGACAUUUUUGAAUUUCUGAAGCAAUAUUAAGAUGGGUUAGGAAAUCACAAUGACUUAACAAAGAUCACCACAGUUGGUUGCUUUUGAAUGACAUUAAAAAUGAUUAAAACCCUGGAUAAUAAAUUAUCUAGGUUUACCAGGGGGAAUAUGUUUUUUAUAGAUAUUCAUUAAGGUAAACUGGUCUUAACAGUAACAAGACCACCAACAGGUCAAAGCUACACAUUUUAAAUAGAGAAGCUUCUCCCUUUGACAGAGGAAUGGGCUGCUUUUUGGAAACACUCACCUUAUCAGGCAAGAUCAAAACAAUUCUCUGUGCAAAAGAAACAAUAGAAUAUUUUAAUAUUUUUCUAAUUAUAUAAUGUAACCUCUACCCCUAAUUUUCUU